AUGGAGAGUCGCGCCCUCACGGGGACUCGCGUCGAGUGCGUCGCCUGCGGUCCGGUGGACGCCGGUGUACGAAAGCCCGAGCGCGCGGAAUCUCCGUGCCGGGGAGCUCGCACGUCGCGCCGCCCUCCCAGCAAGGAGUGCACGGAGUGCGGCGCUCGGGUGCCGCCCAACUCCAACGCGUGUCCGCACGGACACUCGUUCAGCAACCGGAGGGGCGAGGCCGGGUUCACCCCGCAGGCGCGGAAGGCCCUUGCGCUCGCUCGCAAGCUCAAGGCGCAGGCGCAGUACUACGUGCAGUGGCGCGGCGGCGAUGAGCGGUACCGGGGGGACGACGACCAGCACGUCGUGUGGGCGUGCCAGCUGCAGAGCUCUACCUGCAAACAGCCCGGUUGCGACGUCCACGUCGUCGUCGGCGGCCCCUACUGCCAGGAGCACGCUCGGACCGUGCUCGGCGUGGACAUCGUCGAGUGCGAGCACGGCCUGGGCCUGGUGGCUGCGCGCGACUUCCGGCGGGGGGAGUUCGUCUGCCCUUACGAGGGCGACCUCAUGAGCCGCGCGCAGAUGGACCAGAGGUACGAGGACACGGUCGCCGGCGACGAGGGGGAUGCCCCCUACUGCAUCCACCUGGGAGGCGACGCGUUCUUCGACGCGGCCCGGUCCAGGUCGAUCGGAAGCCUCGCCAACCAUGCCGCCGGCGAGGCGGCGAACUGCAAGUGCUUCGUCCCGAGGCGCGGGAGGAAGACGCGGACGGGAGCGACCCCGGCGUGGACCGGCGUGGGCCUGAGGGCCCUGCGACCGAUCGCGUGCGGGACCCCGAUCACGUGGGAUUACGGGACGGAGUACGUCAUGCCCGGCGACCGCGACGGCAGCGGGCCCGGCAGCGCGCUGCAUCACUGCACGCUGCCGGGUCUGCUGCCCGCCAGCCUGCGCAAGUGUGCCGCGGACGCGAACCCCGCCGCAGCCGCCCGCGGCCCGACCGAGCAGGCGCGGCGGGAGAGCCUCCGAGGCGGCGCAAGGAAGCCGCCCCUCCGCCUGAACCUGUGA